CAGCUCUCUUCCUGUUUCGCAUGAAAUCAAUAAACUGCAGCAGUCUCUCAAUGAGGAAGAGAGAAAAAGCGUCGGUAGUAAUAAUAAUAACCAGAGCUGCUGCUCACAAGACCUCAGCAUGUGAUAUUGAUUAGUAAGGGAAGAAAACAUCCUGCAGGAGAACCGCUGCUUUGUUUUCACAGCCAUUAAGCAGUAUUCCAAUGGAUGAAGUCUGCAGAAGAGUAAUUUAACCAAACAGAGUGGAAAGAACCGCAGUUUUAUUUAAAUUUACAUCCUAGAAGUAGGAGCAAACAUGGUGCAUGUCUACAACUGCCAUCCUUUCGCUUCGCAGCAGAUUGUACAGGUGGAACAGGAACCUGGACUCGUGUGCUGUGGAGGCGGGGCGCUGUUUGUUGUGACAACAGGAGGAUGCAAGGUGGAGGUGUACAAUUUGGAAACGGACGGCUGCCCUCUGAUAUGCCGCUUUGCUAGCAUGGGCACAGUGAGGAGGAUCCAGCACAGCUCCAUCGGAGACUACUUGGUAACCAUAGAGGAAAAAAACAGCGCCACCUAUCUGAGAGUUUACACAAACUGGCGGCACCAGGCGGAGGAGAAGUCCCGUGUUGGGGUGCGUUUAUUGGGCCACUUGCUCCGCGGCGCGUCCGUCUGGGGCGGAGUGCAGAUGGAGAUCAUUGAGAUCCCGCUGUCGGAGCGUCCCGUCUCCCUGGCAUGCUGCGCGGUGACUGGAGACCUGCUGGUGGGCUGCGAGAACACGCUGGUUCUUUUCGCUUUGAGGAGACACACCCAGCAGAACCUGCAGAACCAGCAGAACCUCCAGAGCUCCUGGUCCAACUCGGAGCAGAGCUGCAGCCAGACUCCAGGUCGAACUUCUGGUCAGAAUCAGGACCUUCCUGUGUUGGACUUUGAACGUUCGGUCAUCCUGCAUCUCUCCAAAAUGACUCCUAAGCAGGUGGCGCUGUGUGGAGGCUAUGUGGCAGUCCAGGCCGAGCUUGAAGUUCUGGUUCUGAAACUGGAAGAAACAGCUGAGGCCACAGGCGUAGAGGAGCCAUCAGGUUCCUUUAAAAGUGAAGAUUAUCCAGAAGAGCAGAGCGACUUCCUGCUGGUUCCGAAGCACCAGGAGCUGCUGGGCGACCGAGCCAGAACCUGCGACGUCCCGGUCAGCGUGGAGCAGACCGGACUGGAGGACCGCRGGCGCUACAUGCUCUYCUACCUUCUGUUCAGGCGUUUCACUCCAGAGUUCUUUCAAGGCUGCAGUGUGGAGGAGACGCAGCUCCACUCGCUGCAGCUCCACCCCGUCUUCACCAGUAAUCAGUCGGCGUCUGUGGACGAACCGGCCUGCAUGUUCUGCUUCUUCUCUCUUCCCAAUGCGGGAUACCUGUACAGUCUGAGGGGCGGAGUCGAGCUCCUCUCCACCUAUCAGUAUCCAGAGAAGGUGCUGCAGGCGGUGCUCACAGAUCACCUGUUGCACGUCAUAACCAGGAACGCGCUGCAGUCGUUUACGGUGCGUUGUGCCGCAGCAGCAGCCAGGGUUGAAGACCCCUACAUUGACACCACCAUGAAGGCUUGUCCACCGUGCAGCCUGGAGGUGUGUGCGCUCAGAAUGCAGUUAUUUAUUGGUCUGCGGACUCUGUGUGUCUACGGCCGCCAUGUUGUCCUCCUCUCCACUGCUGACACAGAAGCCCCAGAGGAAGCAGAACGCCACACACAGCGCCGGGGCCUCGAUUUGAAAGAGCACAACAUGCUGACUGGUAUUUUCCUUGCGGUGGGAAUCGAUCCCGCAACCACCCCUGCUCUGGAGAACCUCCUGUCACGCCCCUUCCUGAGCAGGAGGUGGGCCAUCUCCUCCCCCAGAGAAACCAGUCCUGUGGGACACGGGUGGAAUCUGUACGUUGUCGACACCGUACCUGCCAUCACGCUCUAUCAGGAGAUGGUUGAGUACAGCCAGCGCUACGCAGAGACGAACCCACAGGGCCUGAGUCUUCGUCACCUCCUCAGCGAAGCCCACCUCCUCCUCCGCUCCUCCCUGCUGGAGUCGUCAGAGCAGCGGCAGGCCGGCGAAGCCGCCGGGAAGAUGGCCGCCCAGACGCACAGGGAGGAGCUGGAGGAGGCGUUCAGGCAGAACUGCGCCCAGCUUGGAGACAGUUUCAGCAGGGGCGGUCAGAAGGAUUACCACCUGGCUUUGCCGUACUACAGGAUGUCCGGUCUGUCGGUCACUGAGGUCAUGUCCAGAAACCGUCCGCUCCCAGGCAGCCCUCACUCCUACGGACCCGGUUUCCUGUUUUAUCUGAGAAAUUAUCUGUUAGAGGAAACGGACCAGAGCCUCAGUCAAGAAGACGCAGAUGAGGUCACUAGAAUUUUCAGCCAAUCAGAGCCCUCGAUGCUGGUCAGCGUGUGCGCCAGCCCGUGCAUGAUGAACGUCGACCCGGCUGCAGCGCUGCAGAUUUUACAGCGUCUGGAGGAAGCGGCUGGCGUGUCGGUGCCUCUGACGAUCACCAUGGCGACCAUGAUGCUGCGCCUGGGCAACGUGGCGCCGUACACGGAGCUGAUGGAGCGGCACGCCGAGAUGCUGCUGGUGUACGGGUUCAUCGAGGAGCCGAGGUUGCUGCUGCACGCAGGGGGAGGAAGAGGAGGAGGAGGAAGAGGAGGAGGGAAACACCCUCAGGUGUGUCCGACGGCGUUGGCCGGCCAGCUGGCCGACUCCCAGCCUGGACUCCUGGUGGCGGCCAUGGUGGCUUUACACGAGAACAACAAGGUUCAGCUGGAGCCGGCAGAUCACGUCUUUAAGGAGCUGGGAUGUGAGAGCAGCCUGCAGGUGGACUUCUGGGAGGCGAUGCUCAUGGCGUCCUCCCAGGACGCCGUCAUCCAGGAGCUUCUGUUCCGACUCGCUUCGGUUUACAUCGACCGACUGACGGCCGGCGAGUCCCCAACACAACACAAGUCGCUGAAAAGUGCGGAUGACCUGAUCUGCUGCUGCUCUCAUUACGGCGCCCUCUACCCGUGGCUCACCGUCCUGAACCCGGCUCACACUUCCAGCUACCAACACCAGGAGGCGCUGCACAAACUGCAGUCGUUGCUCUGCGGUCCGUCCCUCUCCAUCGGAAACGUCGCUCCUCUGUUGGAGAGUCUGUCGGAGGAAACGCUGUGGGGCUUCAGCCUGCACCUCCUCUGUGCCACCAGAAGGGGGCAGUAUGGCCGCAGCAUUGAGCGGCUGCUGGACCGCUGUCCUCAGGCCAUCAUCGCCUACGCCAACCACCAGCUGCAGGACAAACACAUGGCUCUCUGGUGGCAGAAGCUUCUUCCUGAGCUGUGCAGCCGGACGAGAGCGGCCGCUGACGACGGCGUCCUGCUCGGAGCGCUGAAAGAGACGCUGGUGGUGGUUGCCAUGGAGACGAGCCCGGCAGAGUUCCUGGAGCUCCUGCCGGACGACGGCUCGGCGUCGUACUUCCUGCCUCACCUGUUGACGUGCGGCCAGAGACACCUGCCGGCCUGAGAGGCGCCGACUCGGCAGGAACGGAAACGCAGAGCAAACAUUCGAUCAUGACGGAUGAAUCUGAAAGCGACUUCCUGUUCCUGUUCCUGCUGCUGCUGCGGAGUCGGAACAACAUUUUAGCUUUUCCCUAAGAAUAUCAGGAUGUGAAGUUUUAAAGUGCUUGAUGUAAAUCUGAAUCUUUUAAUCAGUUUUAUGGCUGUAAAAUCAUAGACUGGUGAUUAUUUUAUCAUGGAUUCCAAUCAAACUUCACUUCCUGCUUCAUUUCAUCAUGUCUGAGUAAAACAUCUGUAAGAUGAGAAGAAACAUCUGAAAUAUGAGAAGAAACAUCUGUAAGAUGAGAUGAAAUAUCUGUAAGAUGAGAUGUCUUGUUUAAAUGGCGAGAGCAAAGUCUCUUUUUUUUUAGCUUUUUUUUCUUUGGUAUUUAUUGAAAAUAAAUCUUUUAUCCAAACUACA